AUGGCCGCCACUCCAUAUCAACCACACACAUCAAAGGAUAUAUAUCUACGUUGGAUCGACUGGUGCGCAUUCAAUGGCAACAUCAUAAUACUCGAGCACUUGAUACGAACGUGCAAGCCAUCACACUUCAAUGUGGACACAACAACGUUGAUACGAGCAAUAUGUAAACACAAUCAUCCCCACAUACUUCUGGACAUGCUGAUAAAGAGUGGCGACGUCGUUAUCAAUGAUGGGCAACUGGUGGAUGCUGAGACCAUAGGCAUUCUCCUCCGCUCGGCCAUCACCCACUCAAACGAAUCAAUGCUCAACAUGUUCCUCACAAUGCACAAGUAUCACUCAGCCAGUCUCAACAAGUUGGAGCAGCCCGACCUCAAGCUCAGCCCCGACGAUAUCUUCCUCUGGCUGAUCACAUCAAACUUCAAACUCUCCACCAUACUAUCACUCAGUCCACACUACAAAUUCAACGAACAACACUUAUACAAGUUCUGUCUACAACUGCUCACCGGAACCAUACCAACAACCCGACAUCGUCUUGCACUGCUUGAGCACUUUGUCAUCAACGACAUGCAUCAGACUCAUCUUACAUACGAGUCGGCCAAUCUAAAGGCACAAUCAUGUGUCAUUGGCAAUAUGACGACAGCAAAGGAGUUGUUGAUCACUCUCAUGGAGAUGUUACCAGGCACGCCGCACCUGAUACGCAUGUGCACAGGCAAUGAGAGACAGUAUGGAAUCGCUCGUCAUCUCAUGUCCAUCAGCAUUGACGAUGUGGAGUUUACACACCAUCAGUCCUCGCCCGACAACUUCUACCUUUUCUUCGUGUUGAUGCAGGCGUCCAAGGUGGAGACGAUCGCCACAUUGUACAAACACAGACUGACCUAUCCAUCAAUGUGCGAGGAUCUGAUCGAGAUGGCCAUGAAUCAUGGCAAUCGAGAGAUCUUGGACUUUGUCGUCAAGACCUUCUUGGUCCCAUCGGGCCUCUCAUUGCGUCCUGGAAACAUUGCAAAAUUCUUCAAGAACAAAGACAACAUUCAAUACUUGCUCAAGGCCGACAAGUCCGAUCAGCUAUAUGAUCUCGGCAAGAACUUGGUGAUCACAGCACUGGGCGACACGUCGUCCUGCCUCAUGGUCGUGCCAUACUUCUUUGAGAUCAUCAACAAAUGGUUUGCCAACAUCAAGUAUGUCAAGGAGAUGGCGCCAGUGUACAAGGCCGGCGUGCAAUGUGCAGCAUUCAUUGGACGCAUCGAUAUCUUAGAUUUCCUGAUCAAGCAUGGACUGGCAUCGCACCACAUGGUCCCAACGUGGGUGCCCGUACACGGAUGCCAAGACGAAACAUUGGACUAUCUGUUUGAGAACAAUAUGUUGAUCACUGAUGAUGGCUUCAUGGUGUCGGCCAUCUCGACAACAUGCUCAAGAGGUUCAAUAGAGUUGUACAGCAAGUUAAAGUCCAUAGCCAAGCCCGAUCAGGAAUACUCGGAGGACCAUGUGAUCAAUGCCUACAACAAAGAGCAACUGGAUCACCUCAAGCAAGUUGCCAUAUCAACUAAUCCUGUUGCCAACAUGGAGAUCAUCAAGUACCUGGACAGUGUAAGGCUGCUGGCUUCGUGA